CGUGUUCAGCACGCCGUUACAAAAGGCAGAACGUAUCCAGCCGAGAAGCAAUUUCGAGGGGAUUCAGUAGGGCAUUCGCGCACGCCGCACCGCUGACGAGAAAACGAAUCACCACGACGGCAUUACGCGAUCGGCCUCUUCUACUUAUCUGAAGAAGCGCUUCUCAAGAUGCAUCAUCUGACAAAAGACCGGAAAUUUUUUUUCUCCGAGACAUCAGGCUAAGCAGUAAGCUUCCUCACGAUAAUUCAAGAUGUUACGCGUAAUAAUUCUGAUCGCCGCUUUGGCCACAGUAAAAGGAGAUGGGUGUGUACCACUUCCAAUUAAAGACGAGUCUGUAGUAUGCGUCUGUAACUCGACGUAUUGCGAUACAAUAAGCGAGCCGAUGUUACAGCAGAAUCAAGUUUUAUGGUACACGUCCACUAAGGAAGGCAAAAGAAUGCACACUUCCACCAUGAACUUCUCCAAUACAAACGAGGUUGAAACCAAACUGGUUCUCGUAGUGAACAGCAAUCAGACAUAUCAACAGAUAUUUGGAUUUGGAGGGGCAAUGACAGACGCUGCAGCACUCAACAUUAGAAGCCUCAGCAAAAACACUCAACGUUUAUUACUUGAGUCAUAUUUCAGUCCCACCGGUAUCGGAUAUACGUUUGUCCGUAUACCUAUCGCAGGUACCGAUUUCUCGACGAGACCAUAUACAUACGACGACAUACCCGGUGAUGUUACGUUAAGUUAUUUCAGUCUUGUGGAGGAAGACGCCUAUAAAAUCGGAUAUAUACGUGAUAUCAAAAAAAUGAUGUCUAAUCCGCAGAGUCUCAGGAUAUUCACGACUUCGUGGAGCGCUCCUCCAUGGAUGAAAGCCUCAAACAAUAUAAAAUGGGGUACUCUAAAACAUGAAUAUUAUGGUGUUUACGCUAAAUAUAUCAAAAAGUUCUUCGAUGCGUACAAAGAAUAUGGAAUAGACAUAUGGGGUAUAACGCCGGGCAACGAGCCGUUGGAUGGAUUUUUUCCAUUCUUUACUUUCAAUUCCAUGGGUUGGACACCCACCGCAUCGUCAAUCUGGACUACAAAUUUUUUAGCUCCGACUUUGUCUGAAGCUGGAUAUAAUCCCGUCUACAUGGCGAUGGAUGAUCAACGCUUCGAAAUACCGUGGUAUCCCAACAUAGUGUUCAGUACUUCACAAAAAGCUAAUGAACUGUUCUCCGGCACUGCGUUCCAUUGGUACACUGAUGAUUUUUUUUCACCGAUGAGACUAAACCAACUGCAUGAUAAAUAUCCGGAUAAAUUUAUGUUGAUGACCGAGGCAUGCACCGGUAGUGCUAUCUGGGAAAGAAUAAAGGUAAAGUUGGGAUCAUGGGAACGAGGACAACGUUAUAUCUUAGAUAUAAUUGAGAACUUGUCGCAUUGGGUGGUUGGAUGGGUAGAUUGGAACAUUGCACUCAAUGAUCAUGGGGCACCGAAUUGGGCAAAAAAUUUUGUGGAUUCACCGAUCAUUGUAAUGCCACAGAGCGAUGAGUUUUACAAACAGCCUAUGUUUUACGCGAUUUCUCACUUCAGCAAAUUUGUACCACGCGGUUCUUAUAGAAUAUCUAUGGAAUUUGAGAACAAUCAAGACAUUAAAGCAAUAGCUUUUUUGACGCCCGAUCAACGAAUUGUUGUUGUGGCCGUUAACAAAGCUUCUUAUCCUAUUGCUAUAACAGUAAAAGAUACAAAUACAAACGAUAUGGUAAAUGUAUGCUUACCUGCCAAUUCUUUUAAUACAUUAUUAUAUUUAACACAGAAAUAAUGCAAAUCUUGUGCCCAAAUUAUAAUUAAAAUAUACGUCUACAAAAUUCUCUUCGCUUUCCUUAUGUUGUCUCCUAGAAAAGACAAGAUCGUACAAAAAUAUUGUAAUAUUGUUUCAUACUUUGUAUGAAUUUUUUUACAAAAAAAUAAAAACGAAUUAUAUACAUGUA